AUGGGGCUGCAGCCGCGGCGCGCGGCGGGUCCCUGCCCGCCGGCGGGGCGGUGCGCGGCGCUGCCCUGGGCCCGCGGCGAGGAGCAGGACGGGGUGCCCGGCCGCGCCGCCUCCCUGCCGCCCCUCCUGCCGGCCCCCCCGGCCGCCGCCCGAGCGCAGCCCAAGAAGCCGACGGCGGCGGCGGUCCCCAGGAAGGCGGCGCCGAGGCCGGCGGAUGAGAAGGCGGCUCGGAAGGCGCGAGGGGCGCCGGCGGAGAGGGCUGGCCCCGUCUCCGGCUCCUGGCCCUGUACUUCGCUGCAGCGGCGGCCGCCGGCGGAGCGGGGGGCGCGGCCCCAGCCCGGCGCGCCGCAGCCGCGAGGCCGCCCGGGGGCGCCGGGGGCGGGCGGCCGGUCCUGCGAGAGCUCGGGCGGGGCGGCGGGGGAGCCGCGCUUCGCGCUGAGCCUUCCGCCCGAGGCCGUGCGCCUGCUGCAGCGCCGCAGCACCGAACGCCAGCGCGCCCAGCCCGGCACCGGCACCGGCGGCGGGGCGGCCGCGACGCGGCGAGGGGCGCGGUCCGGCGGCGACGUGCGCGCCCUGCUGAAGGUAUCCCUGCUCAACGACCGGCACCGCUACGACGACGAGGAAUACGAAGAGGAGGAGGCGGCGGCGCCGGGCGCGGCGCCGGACGAAGGGCUGGUGCGGAAGUGCACCGAGUGGCUGCGAGGCGUGGAGAGCGCGGCCGGGCGCGAGCGCGGGGACCGGCUGGGCAGCCUGCCGCACCUGGGAGCGCGGUGAGCCGCCUCCUCCGGGAGUAACGGGAGGGGCCGCGCCGCCGCCUGCCGGGGACAAAGGAGCGACGGCCGGCUCCCGCCCGGCGCGGAGAGCGGCAUCCUCCCGCCGCCGUUUUUAAGACUUCCCGCUCCUUUGUAAGAUGCGCGCGACCGUUUUGUACAUUUGUACAUUUUUAUUUAUUUGAAUAAAUGCGGUGAUUUCUGUGGUA